AUGGCCCAGCUCAUACCGUUAGCAGCACCGUUAAUAGCCGUGGCACAUGUCAUUGCUGAAAAUAAAAUGCCCAACGUCAAAUUCAAGGCUAAUGAAAAUCGCGAGGCUAUGGCUAUGAUCCAGCGGCUAAACUCAGAAAACGCCCAUGUUAACAUUAAUAGGAUCAAGGAAAUGGCUGAGUAUACGCGUAAUAUGCAGACUGGCCUGACCACCAUAAUUGACCAAUGUCAUCGGCGCGAGGCUAAACAAGUGGCUGUUAUUAAUAAUCUGGUUGAAAACCAAAAAACCCAGCAGGAUAACUUUAAUAAGUUUACGACUAAGAUUACCGAGAUAAGCGAGCGUCAACAUACUGACCAUGUCACUUUAAUGACCUCGCUAAUUUCCAUGCAAAUGGAGACUAAACGUUUCAUUAAGCUAAUAUUUACGUGCAUGCUGUUCAUUAUAAUGGCCUUGAUGCUUGGGUAUUAUAUG